AUGUAUUUUGAAAAGUUGCUACUAAGUUUGAGUGUAGUUCUGAUCCUUGGUGCAUGGACAGCGAGAGGCACAACAGCAAAAUAUUACACGUAUGAAGAAGACGCACCGGGAACCUUUAUUGGAAAUCUUUCAACGGAUCUGAAGAUCGACCUGUCCGAAGACCCGCACACCAGCUUUCGGUUCAUGCAGGAGGGCAAUGUGUCACUCAUUCGGAUGCGCAAAAGCGACGGGCUGCUCACGGUGGGAGCGCGCGUUGACCGGGAGAGUCUGUGCGGCGCGUCCACACAAUGCGUGAUCACCGCGGAUGUGGUGGUUUUCUACAAGGAAAAAUUCCAUCUGAUCCACGUCGAGAUCCACGUCCGAGACGUGAACGACCACGCUCCUGUCUUUCCACGUGGGGAGACACGGCUGGAGGUGUUGGAAAACGAGGCCGUGGGCGCGCGCUUUCCAAUAGACGUCGCCACCGACCUGGACGUCGGAAACAAUUACAUCCAGAGUUACCGGCUCAUCAACAGCAGUCAUUUUGACAUUGAGGUGGGAACUGGUGAAGACGGUAAGAAGUUUGCUCAGCUUGUGCUCACGCAAAAGCUUGACAGGGAGCUUGAAGAUUCUUACACGUUCCAAGUUAUUGCAAGUGAUGGCGGAAGUCCGGCAAAGUCUGGAUCGGUGACGGUGCGCGUAGAAAUUCUGGACUCUAAUGACAACAGUCCGCAGUUCGAGCAUGACACGAUUAGAGUCGAGCUGCACGAAGACGCACCUGUUGGUUUCCUUUUGAUCCGAGUUCAAGCGUUCGACCCUGAUCAAGGCGCAAACGGGGACGUGCGCUACGACUUCGCAGACGGCGAAUCCAACGAGAUCAAAAGCACCUUUGAUGUUGAUCCCGUUAGUGGAGCGGUGAUCUUAAAGUCUCCGGUCGACUACGAGGCGAGGAAGUCGUAUGAGCUGCGCUUAAAGGCGUACGAUCUGGGCACGAACCCGGUUCCUUCGACUUGCAUGGUCACCGUGGAAAUCGUCGACGUGAACGACAACGCGCCAGAAGUCACGAUCAAACCCAUGGCCUCGAGGAGCGGCGACAUGGCGUACAUCACCGAGGCGGCGGCGGUGGAAAGCUUCGUCGCGCUCGUGAGCGCCACGGACAGAGACUCGGGUGCAAACGGCUACGUGAGCGUUAGUCUGCACGGGCACGCGCACUUCAAACUCCAGCAGGCGUAUGGAGACACCCUCAUGAUCGUCACCACGGCCGUUCUGGACCGGGAGAAGAUUCCUGAAUACAACCUCACUGUGGUGGCAGAAGAUCUCGGCUCGCCGCCCUUUAAAACCUUCACCCAGUACACAAUCAGAGUCGGUGAUGAGAAUGAUAAUGCUCCAUCCUUCAGCAAAAAGGUCUUUGAAAUUUCAGUCAUGGAGAACAAAGCGCCAGGAUCCUACGUGGCUUCCUUGGUAGCUCGUGAUCCUGAUGAAGGAGACAACGGAAAGGUGACCUACAAGCUUCUUGAAAAUGAAUCUGAAAGUGUUCCCUUGAGUUCUUUUCUGACAGUAGACUCAGCUUCUGGGACUCUCUACACAGUGAAGGCCUUGGACUAUGAGCAUGUCAAGCUGAUCGAAGUGUACAUCCAAGCGACAGAUGGAGGCUCUCCGCCACUCUCAAGCACGGCUCUGGUCAAGGUCAGGAUUGUAGACGAGAAUGAUAACACACCCUUCUUUGUUCACCCGGUCUUCAUUAACGGCUCCGCAGACAUAGCUCUACCAUGCAACGCUCCUGCUGGUUAUGUGGCCCUGAAACUAGAAGGCCGUGAUAAUGAUGACACACUGAACGCUGAGCUUUCCUAUACCGUUAUUGAGGAUGAGGCAUUCCUGUUUGGGAUAAAUGAAAAUACAGGUGAGAUGACAUUAAAGCGUGACCUGGCUCUUGUAAUUGGAGACACACUGCAUGUCAGAGUGGCAGUGAGCGACAAUGGCCGAACUCCGCUUUUCCGCAAAGCAUCAAUUCGCUUUGUGGUUUCAGAGGCCAUGCCCUUAGAAAAUCAAGUGGUGCUCGUUCCUGAGGCAAAUCAAAAACAAGAUUUGCUUCAUUUCGAUGCUUCCUUCAUCAUCAUCGGGCUUCUGGGUGCUGCUUGCGCUGUGUUGCUAGUUGCCAUCAUGGCUGUCGCGCUCUCACGCAGGAACGUCCAGAGGAAUGUCAGCUCCAUCAGCAAAAUAUCUGACGGAAACUUCAAAAGAACUGAAUUACCAACAGACAGUACUGAUUCGACGGAUUCCAGCAGCCUCUCUGGAGGUAGCGUGACAGUCACUGAGCAGAUCUCAUCUUCAAGAGAUGAAUCGUCUUUCUCUUAUGAAGAUGAACAAAGCAGAGAUUCUGACAGUAAGAUGUUUCGUCCACUCCUCACUAAAGGUCAUUUCGAGCCGGUCUCUGUUUGGCAAGGAGAGAAAUAUACACUUCAGAGAAGUGAAAUGGGAUCUGUUGAUCAGCGAAGCAUGAAGGACAGUGGCAAAGGAGACAGCGACUCCAAUGACAGUGACUCCGACAGCGGACAAGCCAGGCGGAAUAUUGCUAACAUUGGCCACCAGCGAGCUAGCAGUUCCUUGUACACUGGACCAAUGGGUGGAGCUGGAAUAUGCAGAACCAGAGAGAUUCCAAUACACACUACCAGCACUCACGUGGGCAACAGUGGAUACACAGUAGCAUAUCGGACACUGGGCUAUGGCCGCCAUCCAGCUGCGACCAACCAAGGGCUGCCCUUCGGAGACUACAGUUGUAAUACAGUCUUCAGCCAAGCUAAAGGUUACCCACAUGCCCCUGUGUUUCACCAGAUGGGGACACAACCUUCCUAUUACUAUCAGCAAUAUGUGCACAGACAGUUAGACAAACCAGCUGCGUCUCCCAGAGAGCCGAUUACAGACACCAGCACGCCUGUAGCAUCCUUUUAA